GCGGGAGCAACAGCAGCAGCGUGCUUUCCAGAGGCGCCGAUGGCCAAGUGGGGAGAAGGGGACCCGCGCUGGAUUGUGGAGCAGCGCGCGGACGCCACCAACGUCAAUAACUGGCACUGGACUGAAAGAGAUGCAUCUAACUGGUCAUCAGAAAAGCUGAAAACUCUGCUUCUGUCUGUUAGAGCAGAGAAUGAAGAGGGGUCUUGCGAAGUGACAGAAGUGAGUAAGCUGGAUGGAGAGGCCUCUAUAAACAACCGCAAAGGAAAGCUAAUUUUCUUCUAUGAGUGGAACAUCAAGCUAGCUUGGACAGGCACCACAAAGGCAGAUGUGAAGUACAAGGGGCAUGUGGAGAUUCCCAAUCUUUCAGAUGAAAAUGAUAUUGAUGAUAUUGAGAUCAGCGUAACUCUUGCCAAAGAUGAGCCAGACACCAACCUGCUAGCCUUGAUGAAAAAAGAAGGUGUAAAAAAGAUCGCCGAUGCUUUGGAAACUUACAUCAGCACUCUGAAAACAGAGUUUACCCAAGGCAUGAUCCUGCCCACAGUGAAUGGUGAACAGUCAGAGCCAACCCCUCUUCCUGUGCGUAAACCAGAAGAGCACAAGGCCUCCGAACCUGCUGCUGGCAAUGCACGUAAAUCUAAAUCAGUAGGAGUCAAGAUUCCUACCUGCAAGAUAAAUUUGAAGGAAGUUUUCCUAACAUCCCCUGAUGAGCUGUACAGAAUAUUCAUUACGCAAGAGAUGGUGCAGGCUUUUACUCACUCGCCUGCUGUCAUGGAGGCCGAUAAAGGAGGAAAAUUCCAGCUACUGGAUGGCAGUGUGACUGGCGAGUUCACCGAACUGGUUCCUGAGAAACAAAUUGCUAUGAAAUGGAGAUUUAAGUCAUGGCCUGAAGGGCACUUUGCAACCAUCAACUUGACCUUCAAAGAUCAGGCUGGUGAAACAGAAGUCUGUCUGGAAGGGAAGGGCAUCCCGGCCAGCGAAGAGGAGAGAACGAGGGAGGGCUGGCAGCGGUACUACUUUGAGGGUAUUAAACAGACAUUUGGCUAUGGAGCCCGCUUGCUUUAACGCUGGCCACUGCGGAGAGUCUCCACCUGAAGAUUCUGCCGUGUGAACUGAUUGGCUUCUUGUCUGUCCCUUUCUAUCCUCUGUUUUGCUGUUGUGAUGAGCAGGACGACAGGCUGGCUAGUGAAGGCCGCUGAGCAGCGCAGAUUCCAAUCCUUCACUUCUCGUGCAUGUCUCCUGCUGCAGGGGAUUCCAAGGUGGAUUCUCAUUAAAUGUACAUACAUCCGUAUUGCUAAAUAAAGAUAACUUAAAGGGGA